GAGAUUGUCCAGUGAAGGGCCAGUGAGAUGGUGAAGGGACUGGAUCAUCUCUUCUGUUAGGAGAGGGCGAGAGAGCUGGGACUGUCCAGCCUGCAGAAGAGCAGGCCCAGGAAAAUCUCAUCAGUGUAUAUAAAUACAUAAAGGGAGGGUGUACAGAGGACAGAGCUAGGCUCUGUCACGGGGCCAUUGCUGCCUGUCCUAUCGUGGUGCCCAAUGCCAGAACCAGAGGCAAUGGGGCACAACCCAAAACACAGGAUGUUCCUUCUGAACAUCAGGAAACGCUUUUUUACUGUGAGGGUGACCAGGAGCUGGCACAGGUUGCCCAAGGAGGUUGUGGAGUCUCCAUUCUAGGAGAUACUCAAAAGUCAUCUGGACAUGGUCCAGGGCAACUGGCUCUAGGUGGCCCUGCUGGAGCAGGGGCUUGGACCAGAUGACCUCCAGUGAUCUCACCUCAGCCAUUCUGUGAUUUUGUGAAAUUUUGUCACUGUCAGGUAGUAAUAUUGUGUUUGCAAACAGCAUUCAUUCUAGAGUCUGGAAGGUGCUGAAAUUCACCUGUUUGGCUUUGCAGUGUCCCUUCUGAAACCCCCAAUUAUUUGCCUUUCAAUUGACAUUGUUAAAGAAAUUUGGGCAGCCUUUUUCUCUCCUUAAACCACCUGCAAAUGACGAAUAAACAUAAUUUAACCUGAAAUAAAAGCAGGUAAUAUUAUUACGGGAACGUUACCAAUAUUAGAAUUUCAAAUAUUAUCUGAUUGUUUUAUAUCUAUAGUAGAUCACAUAUGUUACCUAUAACAAAUAAAUGUAAAUUUCUAAGAUGAUCGUAGCAAUACAAAGAACAAAAAGUGUUUGGUGGUAGCAUAUUUUUUUCUUAAAUGUUCUUUUCAUUAUGUGAAAAUAGAGGUGCAACUCUUAUGUGUGAUCUAGGGCCAUUUCUAGGAUUUGCAUGGGCAAACAGAACAGAUUCUCACUUUCUUCUGAAGGGACAGAAAUCACCAAACAUAAUCUUGAUAGGCAAAGUUCCAAAAGACUUAUUAGAAACAAACAACUCAGUGCACAGCAUGGAACUUUCACCAAAACUUUGUGGCUUCAACAGAACUUUGUAACUUCAUGAGAAUUCAAAGUUUAAUUUUUUUUUUAAAUGGACUUAAAUGCUAUUGUGGGCAGGUAAUACAUGCAAUACAUGCCAGGAGAUGUGCUAUUAAAAGCUUCAGAUACUAACAAAUGUCUGCAUCUUGCCAUGCAUGACAGACUGGUGUUCCCCACUCUAACACUGUGUCUUUUUCCUCCUUCCCGUGUUGGCAACUGGUUCUCGGUUUGGCACAGAUCCGCCUGAUGCCUUUGGCUUCCUGGGCAGUGUGAGGCAGGGGAUGGCACAAGGCAGGGAGGCAGCUCUGAGGUAGGUCCUGCUGCCUGCCUAGGCAUGCUGCACUUGCUGGUAUCGGCUCACAACUCAGAUUUUCAGCUGGCCUCAAAGGUCAGAGAACAAAUGCUGCUCGGCCAGACAGCAGUGAUGCACCUUCGCUGUCCAGGGACCAACAGCAAGCUUGCUUCUAGGCUGUGUCUUCAGUGCUAGUUUAGCUACAUUUAAAGUGCUUGCUAACCCAUCAGCUGCAUUACCUUGCAGUCACCCAUGCAGCCAAAUACCUUGCCUCAUGAUGCACAAGUGACUUGCCAGGCAGUACCUUAUGCAGGCUUAUAUCAUGCAGUAAUUAAAAAAAUUUACUCCUGGACAUGGACUUCAAUUGCAGCUGUUAAUUGGUUGGCAUCACAAAAGCCACAGACAGAAAAUGUGCCACUGAUGCUGAUAAUCCCUAUAUUUAGGCCCUCAAGACAAUUUCUUUGAUUUAUAUAAUAAAUGUUUACUUAUUUGAGAUUUAGAAUAUCUAUUUACUUAUUUGAGGUAUAAACCCAUUGCAUUUAUUUUUUAUUUUCAAGCUCACUAAAGCAUUAACUACAGACAACAGAAAGGAUGUUUCAGGUCAAAGGAAAGAAGCCUUUUUGUGUGCAGGUGUGCUGCUGAAGUAAGCAAGAAAACCCUAUACAAAAUAUUCCAAUCUCAUCCCAUAUAAUUUGCCUCUAUAUUGUUUUAUAAGCAACUGUGACUAGACCUGAAUUUACCUAACCCUGAGGUGCCCUAUUGUGCUUAAUUUGUAGCUAUUUGUUGGUACAUUCAACCCAUUUUCAGUCUUUAGUUGCUGCGUCAUUAGAAGAAGUUACUACCUAACCCAAGGCAAAUUGCGUAUUUAAGUGGUUUUCUACUUUUAAGACAGUUCUGAGUUUAGAGAAGGUUUCUGAAAUUAUUUAUCUGAAUUUUACCUGUUGAUUACUCAGAAAUAGUAAGGUGCCAGUUAUUUAGCAGGAGCUAUGAAUCUGUUUCAUCUGUAGGUGGCAGCAAUGGUGCCUUUGGAAAACGAAGUGCAAGUUCUAUUAUCUUAAUUUCCUGUACAAGCCCAUCUUUUUAAAAAGUCUGUUGUUUCUCUUCAAAUACAGAAGUUAAUAGGCAUGUAGUGAAAGUCUUGCUGUUAUGCUCUAAUGUGGUACAAGAAAAUAUGAGUGUAUAUCCUGAGGUUCUUAUAGCGCUCUCUUUUGUUUUACAUUGUUAAGACAAAAUUUUGAGGCGAAAAAUUUCUGCAGUAGAUAGUGUUAGGCUACCAGUAAAAAAAGAAAAAAAAAGCUGAGUUUCAAUAAACCUAGAAAGAGAUUGUUGGUAAUAUACAAUGUGAUGUAUCAUGGAAAAUUAUUUUGUAACAACUGUGAGACACAGAUUGGUAUUUCUGAAAAUCCCACCGUGUCACUGUUUGAAUUUUUAGCACUCAAGAAGUCUUUGAGUACUGGCACUGGGCUUUCUUCCACAUUUUAACUGUAAAUGUUGAGGAUAAAUGCCUCUCCACUGUGGCUUUGUAAUAGCCUAAUAGAACUAAGCACAAGCAUGUAACUCUGUAGUAGUUAGACAGAAUCAACUGAAUAGUAGAUAGAAAAUGUCUUGACAGACUUAUCUGCAUAGACAUUGGUACAUGUAAGUCUUGUUGAGAGGAUUUUUAGUUGGUAGAUUUUGAAGUUAUUUUAAUGCAAUUAUAGAUGCUAUUUAUAAAAGUAAGAUUUCUUGGUACUUGCAGAAUAUUUCUUUCUUUAUGCUUUUUAUCUGGUACAGAGAUAAGUAAAGAGACCUUAAACCAAACAGAAGUGAAGAAGGUUUUGCAGAGAGGAAGGCCAUGGGCUACAAGAUUCCUACAUUAAGAGGCAACAUUGUGUAGAAAAUAUAAAAAGUCAGAUCAGCAGAGUUAUGGGGGAUGAUUAGAGGCAAUGUUGAAGGGACUUGGACACCUCUGUAAGAGGAAAGGCUGAGACAGCUGUGACUGUCCAGCCUGGAGAAGAGAAGGCUCAGGGGUUCUCAUCAAUGCCUAUAAAUACCUGAAGGGUAAAUGCAAAGAGAAUGGAGUCAGGCUGUUUUCAGUGGUGCCCAGUGCCAGGACCAAAGCCAAUGGGCAUAAACUGCUCACAGGAGGUUCCUUCUGAACAUCAGGAAACACUUCUUCAGUGUGAGGGUGACCAAGUGCUACACGGGUUACUCAGGGUGGUUGUGUAGUGUCCCUCCUUGGAGGUAUUAACAAACCAUCAGGACACAGUCCCAGGCAGCCUGUUGUAGGUGGCCCUGCUUGAGCAGGGGGGUUGGACCAGGUGACCUCCAGCAGUCUGUUCCCACCUCAGCUGUUCUGUGACUUCGUAAGAUUCUCCUAAAAACCUGUAUGUUAAUGCUGCUCAGAACAUAAAUACUUUUGCGUUCCCUGGGCAGGUGACCAGGAGUUCUGCUGUAGCAGGGUACCAAGAAGCUAUGAUGAUAGAAAACUGCUGGCAGCUUGUACAACUAUACAGGAAUAAUUCAUGAAGAAGCAGGGGGAUCUAUUACACUGAGAUGAAGUCAUCAACCAAUAUAUUCUUUCAAGCCAUGCAUUUUCUCGGCUACUCUUGCAGUCUCAUCCAUCGAGGUUCCAGUGAAGUGAAUGUUGUGAAGAAUCAGUGGCCAAGUCCAUUCCAAUGGAUCUUCUGCAAGUGGAACAAUCAAGUCAGGAGUAAGCAAGGCAGGAUUGGCGUAAUGAAACUAUUUUGUUUUUCUCUGCAAAUAUUAUACAGGUUUAUGUUGGUGUCAGAUGUUCAAUUUGCUGCAAAAGAACGCAGUAGCCUAAUAUGAGUUUAAAAGAAAUAUCGUCUCCAAAAGCUAUAUUCUGACAGAAUGCUUGUAUUCAUUUGGCCAUUUAUGGGACAGAACAGGUGUCAUUGUAAUUGCUGAGCUGCUUCUUCUCUGACAUCCCUGGGAUUUUAUUGUGGAGCAAUAUAAAACUACAUUUUUAAUUAGUGAAUUCAUGUUGCUCACAGCCAUUACAAAGAGCUUGUUGGGCAUGCACACAGUAGGCCUGUUAUCUUUGAAUCAUCCCCAAGAUGAUUCUGCACAGGCAGAAAGGCCUCUGCUCCAUUUAUUCAGAAGGCCAUUAUGGCCCCACUGAUGUCCUAAGGUGUUUUCCCAGUGUGUUGUCUCACUGGAAUGAAUCAUGUGCAACUGAACCAGGAAUAAUGCAGUACUGUUUUGGCUUCAGGCACUGGGCUUUUUAGCUUUGGAAAAUUCACUUGAUCUGUUGAUUCUGUUCUUCAGGUGAUGACAUGAAAAUAAUGGUAUUUCAAGCACUGCAAGGACUGCUUAGGAAUAGCAUGUUUCUGACCUAUAAGGGGAAGCAGGAAGUUGCACAAGAAAAGGCAAGCAUUGAUAUUAUGUUUGCUAUGAAGAUAGGAUUGUACCUCCUAUCCUCCUAGUCUAGAGCUAUAAAAGCUAUAGACUGCUCUGGCUGAGGGUGUGCAUCAUCCUGUGCAGCACAGUCAUCGAGGCAGAAUCACAACACUUGCACCUUGUACCCUGCAGCUAUUUUAAACAUGAAUAAAAAUUUCAUGUUGAGUGCCAAGAGCUCAGCUGGAGCAGACUUGUGCAAACACCUGUAGUUUCACCAGAAGAAAACAAUUUUAAUCAUUUGUCCUUGGAGAUGUGCGGACUCUUCAUGUAUCAUUGCACAGAAAAGCUUUUUGUACAUUUUUUUAGAAUGCAUUGUACUACAAUUUUCAACUAUAGCAAAAAAAUGUGUUUUUUUUUUUUUUAAUUUUUAUAGAGUAAAUUUAUUGAAGGAAUUUUAUAAUCUGUUAAGCUUAAUAUUAACUAUAGACAGGGACUUUUAAAGUUUUUAAAAUAGAAUUUUUAGAAUAUAUUCUUAAGAAUGACAGUUCUUUACAGGUAGCAAAUCAUUAACUGUGUCACAUGGUUUCCAUAUGAAUUUAGUUUCACUUUGUGUUAUAUCAGUAAGCCCUUUAACUUUCUUUGGAUUGCAAGUCUUGUAAAGGUAUGGAUGGGAAACCUGCAAAUAUGCAAAUCUACAAUUUUUGAACUGAAAAAACCUCUAUCCAUGGCCAGUAUUCAGGAACCACUAAUGAAGAAUGACUCCACCAGUUAAAAAGACAAUUUACAUUUAUCUUUUCCAGAAUAGAUAUGUAUCAAGGAAGUUAAUUUAAUAUUUAGAUCAAGAACAUAGAAAAAUGCAAGUCCCUUUGCCAUAAUAAAAAUGCAUAACCCAACUUUUCUUUGUAUAGAGCCCUAUGAGCAGGUGGUAUCAUCAGUAAAAAGACUCUAUUGUAGUAAAGCAUUUAGAUUCCUUUACAUGAAGUGAGGAGGGAAUGAUAAGUGGCAGUCUAACACAUGAUGAAAUUUACUAAGCAGAAUUUUUUUGUUUUAGUUGGCGGAAUUAUAAUUUAUGUAGUUGAUAUUGGAGUGGACUUUUGGGUAGCUAGUAAAUAUUUCUGUCAAGGACAAUAUUCUUGGAGUAUAUUGAUACUGUGUUUUAGAGGUAUUUCAUCAUUAGUAACUCAGAUAUUUAGUUAUGACUGGUUUAAAAACGACUGGGAAGGUACUGAUACUGGGAAGUUGAAAUGGAUUUUUCUAGUUCAUCUCUUUCACUGUGGAAUUUUUAUAAGGUAUUGGUUUGCUUUGAAAUAUGGCUGCCAAGCUGCAUUUAAACUAAAAAGCAGUGGAGAUGCUUCAGAAACAGAUCCUGCCAACUUCAUUAAAAAACAAGCUAUUGAUGCAGUGACUGAUAUUAACAUGCUCAGGGUGUUCAAGGCUUUUCUUGAGACCACGCCACAACUUUUUGUCCAGAUUUACAUCCUCAUGCAACAUGGCAAAACUAAUUGCUAUCAAUAUGCUGCCAUUUUUAUGUCUUUUUGUGGUAUCUCCUUUUCAAUGGUUGAUUAUCAGAUGUCAUUACAAAAAUCUCAGCCUGACAAAGAAUCUUCUGUACUUAGGGGUGAUGCCAGCUUCUUCGGGGUUAUAAUAGCAGCCUGAGUGAUUUAUGGAUGGCAACAGGAGUUUUGCAUAUAAAGGAAGAACUAUCUUCCAUAAAGCUUUUGUCUCCUUUGGGCUCUAAGAUGCAACACUUUCAAUGCUGGUUUCCACUGAAAUAGGAGGCUGUGCAAGGUAUGCAGUGGUGCAGUCUUUUGUCUUUGUCACUGGAGAAAAGAGAAAAGAGGAGUGACUUCUGAUAAAUUGCACUCACAGGGACUGGGAAAAGAUAUAAUAAGUAUCUUGUCCAUCAAGAAUUUUUGGCGGAAGGGAGAGUGAUAUUAGACAACGUUUCAUUGAAUGCUAAAACAAAGGAAGUAAGGUUGAUAGUCAGUAUCUUCAGAAAUAAAAUUUAAGGGGAAGUAUUUCAGAGCUUCCAUGUUUUAAAUCUGAAUUAUGAAAAUCUGGGGCUCUUUCUCUCCCAUUUUCACUGCCAGUAAGUCACAUUUGCAGUUAAAGUGGCUACAGACAAAGGGAGGAAACAGGGUCUGAGAAAAAAAGACUAGAGAUAAGAAAAACUGAUAAACUUCACCAGGAACCAAAUCUUUUAGCAUUGUUGAUUAACAGCAAACUUCCCUGAAACUUUGGAGGAAUGGCUGAUAAUAAGGUCGGUAGUUAGGGUGCUCAAGAGCCAUGUCUUGUGCCUUUUGUAUCAAGUUCAUGGACUGCAGAAUGCCUUUUUCUUGUUACUCUUCCAGUCUUACCAAAUCUUACUGAAGUUUCUAAACGUGGUUCUUUCCUGUUCCAUGUCCACGUUUUCUUUACCAUGCCAACCAUGUACAUCUCCUUAAUCCUAGUCAAGGAAAUGAAUUUCUAUGUGCAUAGUUUGAACUGAACGGUCUGACUUUCUGAGACUACACAUGAGAAAUUAGAGUAGUGAGAAGAGUUUGCUUCUAAAAUCCCUCAUUUCCACUUAGGGAGAACUAAGUAUGGGUCCAGAAGUUAAGACAUAGAAAAGCACAAUCCAUGGGACUAAAGCAAUAUUUUUUCUAAAAUUAAUAUAUAAAAGAGUAUCUUCACUUCUCUCUACUCUGGAAAAGAGAUUUCCAGAAUUUUUUGCCCUGGAACAUUCCUUCUUAGGUAAGAGGAAAAAGCCCAAGGCUCCACCCUACCUCAUGCACCAUGAUUGCCCUAAAUUCUGUCUCCUUUAUCGCAGAGUAUUUACUACCAGUGAUGGUGUCCUAGGCAGCAAAAUGCUAACCUGGUUUUAGGCUGAAUAUACUUUUAUUUUGCUAUGAAAAAAAUAGGAUCCUAAAUAGUGAAGAUGAUCCCUAUAUUGCUUCCCACACUUGUUUGUUUAUCUAAAAUCCUGAGAAGGAACUAGAGUAAGGAAUGGUGGAAAAUGGAGAAUAUUAUCUCUGUCUUGAAGAAAAUGACAACUUUUUGUCUACCCAUUAUUUUGAAGACCACCUCAAACUUUAUACAUUAUCUGAGAAGCAGAUCUCUGGGGAAAUAUGGGAUCCUGAGAAGUCCUAGUGUGGGCGUUUCAACCCUGGAGCCUCCAGGUUUUCUUCCUGCUGACAGAAAUCUGGAGCCUGAGUUGCUCUGGAGGAAGGUUAGUUUCUGGUGAAACAAAAGAAUUUGUCCUGCUGAUUUUUUUUUCUCCUUUCAAUGUACUGAGAAAUUCCAAAUAAAAGUAUUUCGUUGCCAUCUCUCUGGUCAACUCCUAACACUCACUUUCUUUCAUGAGAGAAAAGAUGAAUAUUAUGCUGCCUUCUGUUAUGUCUCCUCGCUCCCUCUUCUGUGCCACUAAGAGGAAUAUUAUGCUGAAGUUGAGUUGGUAAGAAAGAUACCUACGUGGCUGUUUAUAUCACUCUAAUUCAAAUAUACACCAAACCCAAUUACUUCAGUUUCAAUCUGUACUUUAUGCUUGUAAAUCCUUGUGGAUAUAGCCGUAUCCUAAAACAGCUAAAUGAUCCUUGGGGAAAUCAUGUAUAUUGUUUCAAUAAAGCUUAAAGAGACCUUCAGUGUCCUGCCACCGAUAUGUCUCCAUUUUGCUGUCAGUCAUAGGGCCUCAAGAGAUGGGAAUUCCUGGCAGCUUGUACCCUGUAGAUUUUUAUCUACAGGGGAAUAUUAUGAGAAUAAAAAUUUUUCAACUGUAAAGUCCUCCCUCUCUUCUUGACCUUGAGUUCAAGCUUUUCACUUGAUUCCCUUCAUUUUCACAGAUAUGAAAAUGGCUUCUCAUUCAUUUGGUCAUUCUAACUCAGAAUCACUGUGGUGGAGCGGACAAGGAAGCACAUGAAUUGACUCCAGACACAUUUCAUAUCACCAGUGCCCACUUCAGACAAAACAAAAAAAGCCCCACUUCACCUGGGUGUAAAGUUUAAACAAUAGACUUCAUACAUAUCCUUUCUGUUCCUGACUAAUCUUAAAAAUUCAGCUGCCACUCAGUUCAUGCAUUGUGCUUGACCUUGUCAUUUUAAUCUAACUGCAAAUUGAAAACAAAUGGGUUUUUUCUCCCUUUUUUUUUUUUGUGUUAAGUAUGCCCAUUACAUCUUACAAGAAGUAUUUUAAUAAGUGAAAUAAAAUUAAUAAACAAUUUCUUCCUGUUUUGACUACUGUCAGACCUGGGUAAGAAGAACAACAUUCAACAGAAUUGUUUUAAUUAUCUUACUAAUAUUCAACGUGCCAUUUGAUGACAUGGGUGAGCUCACCUGAUGUACCACAGAUAGCACUGAUUUAUGAAGCCAUAAUUGGGUUUCCAAUAAACAUUUGUCAAAAUAAUGUAUUCAUUCAAACCAAUACCUUCUUUAUUUAUUCAUAUAAAAGAGCACUUAACUUUCAACAAAGAAUUGCCUGCCAUCAAAAACACUCCAUAAACGGGGGAAAUUUAUGAAGAUACAGUACCAAAUGGUGAUUGGUGGAAGACUAAACUUCACUUUAACCCUUCAGAGUGCUGAGUUCCACCUCUUGCUUGGUACUAGUACUAAAUAUAUUUCUUACUGAAAGCCCCAAGCCCAAACAUUAACCUUUGUAUAUUUGCACAUUGAAGUACCAUCUCUUUUUUCUACCAUAGAGUCUUACAUCUCAAGGAUGGUUUCAAAAGUAGCAUCUCUCAUUUUUAUUAUG